AUGCAGGUGGCAGAUUUGCAGAUCCUGAAAGUGGAGGAUGUUGACAGCCUCGUCCGAAAAUUCACCGAAGAGGUUGACCAGGCCGUGCAGCUACAGGCAAGCCGCUGUUCCCGACUGGAGGAGGAGCUUGCCCUGGUGCAAGCAGCUGAAAACACAACAGAGGCAGAUCGGCAAAGAUGUGUCCAGCUCGAAAACAUGGUCGAUGCGUUGGUACAGCAACGUCGUCAAGACUUGCAGCAAUCGCAGGAAAACCUACGCGAAAUUGAUGCCAGGUUUCAUGACCUGGAUCAGAAGGAGAAACAGGAGAAAAGUUGGCGAAAGGAAGCAGAGGCAAUUCGACAAGAAGUUCAGGAUUUACGGUCGACCCACAUUCCAUCGCUUUUUCAACAGCACAUGAAGGCCAUGAAAGCCAUGCAAGAAGGGCUGACCGCCGUGCGUAGCGAGGUGAAGAAGCUCGGUGAAAUCCUGGAAGCCGUCCAGGCAACCCAGAAUGGCCCUGGCAGACAGGAGCAGUCUGAGGCAAGAGAGGUGCUGGCUUUGAAGGUUCAAGUAAGCGACUUGCAGGAGCAGGUGACGGAGGUGGUGGUCCGAGGGCUGGAAGAGCGGUUUGCCACCCUGAGGGCAGACGUGUCCAGGGAGGUCGCCUCAGUUCUUAGAGAGAACAAGGAGGAUCGAUCAGCUGCGUGGCGAAGACUUUCUGCUUUGGAGGCUUGGCCAGCAUCGCAAGCAGAGCUCAGCGCAGAAUUUCAUCGUCUGCGACAAGAACACGAGGAGGACUACAUGCUGGCGCAGGUGAUGACGGAGACUAUUGACAAAGAGAACAAGCACUUCAAACGGAUUCGCGACGAGCAAUUGGCCAAAAAGGCAGCUGCAGAGGAAGCAUUGGGCAUCGUCAAGAGUUCGGUCGUGCCCAAGAAGGAGCGGUCGUGUCAGCUGAGCCAGCUUGAGCAGUCACUGGGACACUUUCCAAACCCGCAUCCGCACGACAACAAGCCUCGUUUAGAUGCAGAUCCACAGAAGCUGCUGCGAUUUGGUGUUACUGGAGAAGGUCAGGGACGAGGUGCAUAUUUGAGAUUAGAAGCAAAAAAAGGUGGUCCGGUGGAAAGGUACGGCCGUGCACUAACAACGGCACAAGAGAUUGGUUGGACGGCCGCGCCUGCAACGAAAACCUAUACAUCCUCGCCUUUCGCGCACCGUCCUUUGCUUCAGUCGCAGGUUUAUCGCCCGAUGGGAGAUCGAGGCCUCAUGGAGGUUCUGCGCCGUGACGUGGAGGGGCUGGGAAGACAGGUGGUACAGCUUCGGAGAGACUUUUCCAUAGCUCAAGACCCGACAGCGGAGGCUGCAGUGGUGGAGGCGGAUGCUGCAUCUCGUGUCGGGUUGCUGGAAGGCCUCUUUGGCACGCCGCCGUCUGCCGUGCCCAUCACGGAGACGACUUCGGCUCCCAAGGCCGUCCGGAGUGCCGUGAAGCUGACCACGUCCAUGGCAAGUUCGCGCUCACCUCGAAGCAGUCGGAAGAGAAGCCCAGAACAAAGGCGCAGCCUUGAUGGGCAGGUGAGGCCUCGUUCCAACAAUCCCGGGGAGAGGAACGACAGAGGUUCGACAAGGUCCAUGGUGUCGGGUUUUCCAGCCGUGGUUGGCAACAAGUUGGAGUGGGUGCUGACUGCCAAGUCCCUUCAGGCCGCGAGAGAAGCUCCAGGGGUUGCCGGAGCUCUUCUGGUCACUGGUGAGAUGGAGGUCGCUGGGGUCUACUGCCGCUUGAAGUUUUUUCCCGAUGGGAGCCCCUUGCGCCAAGCGCCCGGAUUCUGCAGUCUUUAUCUGGUGUGUACCAUGCCGAAUGUCAAUGUCCGGUUCAGGCUCUUUGCAGGAAUGAAGUAUUCUCCGGUCUUGGAGGCAAACACUGCACGAGGUGGCCGUGAUCAGGGAAGGCAUGACCUGUGUCAGUUGAAGGACGUUUUGGGCGAAGACGGUGGCAUUGUCGUCGGUGCCGAGAUACUAGAGGUUCACGCCGCAGCAUGA